GGGGAGACGGGGGGGUUCCCCUUUCCUCCUCCCCCCUCUCUUUUUUUUGCUUGCACCGCUUUGCACAGGUGUAAACAGGAUCGGGCCCUCCUCCUCCUCCUCCUCGGCGCGGCCCGAUCGCCUCUCCCCUCGCGGAGCCCCGACGGCGGAGGAUCCCCCCGGGGGUGGCGGCGGCGGCGGCGGCGGCGGGUGCAAAGGCUCGGAGGCGUCGUCGUCCUCGUCGUGGUGGUGGUGGUGGUGGUGCAAGAUGUCGGCGUCGGUGCAGACGUCCCGCAGACAAUGGUGCUACUUGUGCGACCUGCCCAAGAUGCCCUGGGCCAUGAUCUGGGACUUCAGCGAGGCCGUCUGCCGGGGCUGCGUCAACUUCGAAGGGGCCGACCGCAUCGAGUUCCUCAUCGAGACGGCCCGGCAGCUCAAGCGGAACCACGUCCUGCAAGAAGGGCGCCCUUCGCCGGGACCCCCCCCGGGGGCCAAGCACGGCAAGAGCUUGAUGGGGGCCCCCCAAGGGCUCCUGGCCGCCGUCUCUGGCUUGGGGGCCCGGGCCGCCUCGCUGACCCUGCCCUCGCCCAUGUUGGGGGAGCUGGCCAAGCCGGGGGGCCGGGCCACCUACGGCGACUACGAGAAAGAGAAACAGCGCAACAGCGAUUGCUUGGCCGAGCUCAACGAGGCCAUGCGCGGGCGGGCCGAGGAGUGGCACGGGAAGCCCAAGGCCGUCCGGGAGCGGCUGAUGGCCCUCUACGGCUGCGCCCCCUUCAACGUCCGCUUCAAGAAGGACCACGCGCUGGUCGGGCGGAUCUUCGCCUUCGACGCCGCCCCGCGGCCCAGCUACGAGUACGAACUCAAGCUCUUCACCGAGUACCCCUGCGGCUCCGGCAACGUCUACGCCGGCGUCCUCGGGGUGGCCAAGCAGAUGUUCCAAGACUCCCUCAAGGAGCCCGGCAAGGUCAUCUCGUCGGGUUACAAGUACCUCGAGUACGAGAAGUGCCACGGCUCCAACGAGUGGCGUCUCCUCGGGGAGCUCUUCACCGAGAACGUGCGCUUCUUCCGAGAGCCCCCGGCCCCCGAGGCCCUGCCGCAACAGUUCCUGGACAGCAACUGCGCCAUGCCCCCCAACCUCCUGCUGAGGGCCGUGCCCCCGUCCCGGGCGGUCAUGAGGAGACGCAAGGCCUCCCCGGAACCGGACGGCGAGCUGGCGGGCAAGCUGACCGGCGAAGAACAGCAGCAGAGGCAGCACUGGCUCUCCCAAGGGGCGAGUGGCCUGUAUCCCUCGGGCCUGGCCCAUCUGCCCGCCUCAGCAGGCCAGGGGCCUCUGCCCGAGGGCUCCUUGCGAAACGACCCCUCGCCCAUCACCGCCCUGAAGAACGUGGCCGACACCCUGGGGAACAAAGAGGUCAACCCGGUCCACUCCACCACCGCCCGGCAGAACAGCACCAGCCCGGCCUCUCCCGCCGCCUCGGGCCAACACCGGCUGGUGUCCCGCAACGGCGAGCCGGGCCAAGCGUCCACCACCACCUCCUCGUCCUCGUCUUCUUCCGGGCCCCACUCUUCCGGAGGCGUCGAGCCCAGCGGCGCGCAGAGCGCCCCCGACUCCUCGGGCGGGGCCAGCAGCGCCCCUCUGUGCUGCACCAUCUGCCACGAGCGGCUGGAGGAUACCCACUUCGUCCAGUGCCCUUCGGUGCCCGGGCACAAGUUCUGUUUCCCUUGUUCCCGGGAUUUCAUUAAAGCCCAAGGAGCGUCCGGAGAAGUGUAUUGCCCCAGCGGAGAGAAAUGCCCCCUGAUCGGAUCCAACGUGCCCUGGGCCUUCAUGCAGGGCGAGAUCGCCACCAUCUUGGCCGGAGACGUGAAAGUAAAAAAGGAGCGUGACCCGUGAGGAAGCCAAGAUCUAGAACAUUGGGUCAGGGGUGUGUGUGGGGGGGAAACGGAGGCCUGCGCGGCCCUCCUCCCCACCCUCCUCCCCAUCUCCCGUCCGCUGUGGCAGUGACUGGAAUUAGUAACUUAUUCCCCAGCUUGACACCCUUUCUUUAACCCACGGUGGACUGGGGGUAUUGUACAUAAAUCUAUUUUUUAAAUAAUAUUUCCAUAGCAAGCUUAUAUAUGAAGCCACAUCUACGUUAACCUAAUGAUAGGGAGGGGAGGGGAGGGGAGGGAUGUACAGGGAGGGGGGCAGGCAACCUUUGUGUAGCCUCUGAGGAGGGGCGAUGCUUCACCAUGGAGGGGCAGAAGUGAUAUGGGAAAGGUUGUUGAGGAUGUGUUGCUGGAGAGCAAAGCACCCCCGCCCACCCCUCCCGCUUGUAAUAUUAUCCUCAUCUAAGUUUUCCCGGAUUUCCACCUAUGUCCCCCAUCCCUAAACUCCGACACCUUUGCUUUCCUAGAUUUUUGCAGUUCUUCUCUCCACUCCUCCCAUAUUUGCAUCCAUGACACCAACCUUAUUCACUUCCGCUUGUCCUCCCACCCCAUGAACAUUGUAUAUAUGGGAUGGCCCUAAAAAAAAAAAACACCUUCCGCCAAGUUUUAGGUGAAACCCACACUGCUCUUGUCACGGGCCAAGUUGAGUUUCUGUUUUUAUUCCAAGAGGGAAGGGAGACAGGCUGUGUGGAAAUCUGCUUUUUUUGGGAAGGGGGCGAGCAUGGGAAGGAGAGGGUUUGGAGCAUUACGAGAGAAUGUGGGUGCGCAGGAGAGGUGGAGAUGCUUAAAAAGUGCCUCUUGUGUGUAGAUUUUUACGUUGGAAGGGGAGAGUUUGUUUUCAUACCAAAAGACUUAAGCAUGCACACCAAAAAGAAGACGACAAUGAAGAAAAAUAAUAAGAAGAAGAAAAAGUGGAGGGGGGAAGUACAUGACGGACUCCAAAAUUGGGAUGCAGGACAGGUGCAGGAUCAGAUCUGCUGGGCCGUUCUGCAUAAGCACUGAUGACAUGAAAGAGAGGCUGCCAUUCAUUUUGGUAGGAUUUGAAUAUAGAAUUUCAAGGAUGUGAAAAACUUCUCUAAAUUGGUGGGGUGGGGGGAGGAGGAGAAUAUUGGGAGGGGGAAAUAUAAGAGGGACUCAUCCGAGGUUUUAUUUUCACACACCCCGCCCCAGCCAAAAAUAAAAGAAUUCAAGAAUUCAAAGUUUGUAUAUGGAAUAAGAAUCUCAUUUAGCCAGCUCUAAUUGGGGAAAUUGUAAUGGGUGGGGAAGGGGGAAGAAUGAUGAUUGAACGAGGAGGGUGGCCGUGAUUCAGUCAGGGGGGAAGGGUUGGGGGUCUAGCACUUAUUGUGAUGUGGUUCAGAGAGGCAGGGGGAGGGGGCACGCCGCAGACACAAAUACGUAUAAAGUUUGAUUCUAGACUUGUCUCAUGGCUGGGCAGGUGUUUCUGCCAACUUUGUAUGUUUUUAUGUUGUGAAAUUUGGGAGGGGGGAGGAUUGGGGGUUGGAUCCCCCCUUUUUAAGUCUGCAGAGGGAGGGAGAGGAAGAGAGAAUGUUAAAUUUGUUUUUUGUAUUUCUUUUACUUGUCUCUUGUCAAUAAACUUGGUUAUCUUUUUUUUUCCAUUUAA